AUGGGCGAUUCCUCGAACAACAGCGAAGCAGUAGGCUACAAGGAAGCUUCGAGGUCCACUCAAAAAGUGGACGGUAAGGACUUCAUCCAAACAGAUGUCCGCCCCAAAGCUGGAGAUGUCAUCUUGGAUUUAGGCUGCGGCACAGGAGAGCUAUCUGCAUGCCUCGCUGAGUUGGCAGGACCCGAAGGGAAGGUUAUUGGUGUUGAUCCUGACAAGGAAAGAAUUCAGUUGGCCAUGGAGACUCAUAGUCAAAUUGAGAAUCUUUCGUUUGUAGAAGGAAGUGCCUCAAGCUUUCCGGGGAUUGGCUCGGGUUCUUACGACAUUAUUUUCAGUAAUUUCGCCCUUCAUUGGAUGACUAACAAACAAAAAUUCUUCAACAAUGUGUUUGAAAGUCUUAAGGCUGGAGGUAAAAUAGCCUUUCAGUACGUCUUUUGCCUGCCCCCAUUUGUGUUUAACGCCUACAAGGAGAUGAAUCCCGAAAACGCGGAGCGUAUUAUCCAGAAGUUUCAGUGCGAAUCGAAAAGUAAGAUCGACAAGUAUUGUAAAUCAGCAGGAUUUAGAAUUACCAAGAGUUUUGAGAAUUACAGCAAAGGUCUGGUGUUUGGAAACGUCGAGGGCCUUUUAAAAUGGCACUGGUCAACCACUCAUGGUUUGUUUGAUCUCUCUCUGGUCACUGAGGAGCGUUUGCAAAGGUAUCUUGCUGCAUACCGUCGAAAUGACGGGACACUUUGUCUUGACUUAAGAGAAAAAGAAGACGAAUUGCAUAUGUGCCGAUUAAUAGCUUUCAAGCAGUAG